UAAGAUGUUGGCGGCGAUAGAGUUGUUUGUUUAUGUCAGCGUUGGCGUGUGGCGGUCAAGAUGGUGAGUUACUUGGAGGAAAUGAAGACUUACUUCCACUCGCACAACAAGCAGAAGGAGUACGUGGGGCAUAACAGCAAGGUUCACACUAUCGGCUGGAACGCUGACGGUCGCCGUCUGGCCUCGGGGUCCUACGACAAGUGUGUCACCAUCUUUGUGUUCGACGGCCAUCGCGAGACACUGAGAAAGGAUUACACAUACAAAGGUCAUGGAGACAGCGUUGAUCAGUUAUGCUGGCAUCCAACACACUCGGAGCAACUCACCUCUGCCAGUGGGGACAAGACAGUGAGGAUAUGGGACACACGCACACAUAAAUGCUCGGCAACCAUCAAUACAAAAGGUGAGAACAUCAACAUCACGUGGUCCCCGGAUGGCCAUACCAUUGCUGUUGGUAACAAGGAGGAUCUUGUGUCGUUUAUUGAUGUGCGCAGCCAGAAAAUUCGUCAUGAGCAACAGUUCAAAUUUGAAGUUAAUGAAUUGUCAUGGAAUAAUGCCAAUGACUUGUUUUACCUUACCAAUGCACAAAGUGGCCAAGGAUACAUACAUAUCUACAAUUAUCCAGAGAUGGAGCUGGUUCACUCCAUUCACGCACAUCCUGGUAACUGUAUUUGCAUCAAGUUCGAGCCCCAUGGACAGUACUUUGCCACAGGCUCGGCUGAUGCCCUCGUCUCCAUCUGGGAUGCACAGGAACUGUACUGCAGGAUGACUUUAUCCAGAUUAGAAUGGCCAGUUCGCACCCUCAGUUUUUCUCAUGAUGGACAGCUGUUAGCGUCGGGUAGUGAGGAUCAGACGAUCGACAUUGCCCACGUGGCUACAGGAGAGCAAGUGGCUCACAUCAGUGUUGCCUACCCGACCUUCACACUAGCAUGGCACCCAAGGCAUUUUCUUCUGGCAUACGCUUGUGAUGACAAAGAUGAUCGAGAACGAGAUCGUGAUGCCGGGACCGUCAAACUCUGGGGUCUUGGUGAGCGAAGUUGAAAUUGUAACUCUUCUGCAUUAGCUAUAAGGGAAAUCAUAAUCUUUUUUAUUGUUUUACUGGUCGUAUGAAAUAAAUGUUUGAAGAAAUCUAGUAUUUUACUCAAGUGAUAAUUUUGAUAUGUCAUGUAUUUAAUACAUAUAAAAUUUGGUAAAUUUUUUUUAUAAAAUAAGAAAUAUCUUUUCAUUAUCUUAAUAUUUGUUACAUUACUAAUUACCUGAAAAGUGUUUGUAGAUAGUCUAUUACAAAGUUGUUUCAUAAUGAAGAAUGAUUUGAAAAUUAUAAUAUAUUGACCUUGAUAUCAUGAGAUAAACACAAACGUAAGUGAAUUUUUUUGAUAAAACUGACUCUCUUUGUCUGAGCAUUAUCUGCCUUGCCAUUUUAUACCAUAACAUUUGUAUUUGUUCCUUGUACAUUAAACUGUUUUUUACA